CGUCCCGUUCGGCUUUGUCUUACGCUAUACGGACAGAUAUGGGACUUAAGAAUGUGAAUAAUAUUUCUGAUAGAAACAAAUCACUUUUUUAACGGCUUCUCAGUGAGUUGAGAGCGUGUUGUUGACUUUGGCAAACAACUUUUGUUUUUAAAUCGAGAUAAAGAAGCGGAGGAGGAUUAAUGGAAGUGUGAAACAUCUCGGAAUGGGACGCGUCCAAGGGGAUUCUCGCCGCUCUUCUAAUCACGUCUCUGCAACAAGGAAAAAGUGGCAACGAGGACCAGGAUACAAUUAAAUUAGUGUAAACAGCGCGUCAGACGAGGAAAUCGUGAAAGUGACUUCAAGUCGAGCUUUCUUCGGUGUUUGGUCCACUUCGUAUGUGACCAGCGGCCGCCGCAGGCUCCCACGGACACCAUGGUUUCUCCUUCUCUCAACAGAUGAGUGUGUGCAGCAGAAAUGACCAGUGUGCUGUAGACGAGCGUAGGCUGCGUGGCUCACUAAAACAAAUCCAGUGUCUCUAUUGUCCAAAAGCCAGUCGUCCAGAAGAUGGGGCAUCCGCCUCUGGAGUUUAGUGAGUGCUAUCUGGACAGUCCGGAAUUCAGGGAGACUCUCAAGUGUUAUGAACAAGAGCUGGAGAGAUCCAGCAAAUUUCUCAAAGAGUUGAUAAAAGAUGGCAACAGUGUAAUCACUGCAAUCAAAGGCUAUUCUUUGGCAGUUCAGAAGUUUUCCCAAACUCUCAGUAUGUUCCAGUUCGAUUUCAUCGGUGACUCCCUGACAGAUGAUGAGAUCAACAUUGCUCAGUCGUUCCAGGAGUUCGCUGGACUCCUGCAGGAAGUGGAAGAUGACAGAAUGAUGUUGGUACAAAACGCCUCUGAUCUGCUCAUCAAGCCGUUGGAGAAGUUCAGGAAGGAGCAAAUAGGAAUAACAAAAGAAAAGAAAAAGAAGUUUGAGAAAGAGAGUGAAAAAUAUUACUCCCAGUUGGACAAACACCUGAAUCUUUCUGCCAAGAAGAAAGAGAGCCAACUUCAAGAGGCUGAUGAACUCCUAGACAAAGAGCGAGUGAACUUCUACGAAUCCUCAGUGGAGUAUGUGUACCAGAUCCAUCAGGUGCAGGACAGGAAGAAGUUUGAUGUAGUGGAGCCUGUGCUGGCAUUUCUUCACAGCAUUUUAACGCUCAAUAACCUGACAGUGGAGAUGACUCAGGACUUCAUGCCUUACAAACAAGAGCUGCAGCUCAGCUUGCAGAACACAAGGAACCACUAUGAGAGCACUCGCGAGGAGAUGGAGGAGCUGAUGAAAAGAAUGAAACACCCUUCCCAGAUCAGUAAAAUGCACAGUCUUCUGCCGAUGGAGGGUUAUCUGUUCUGCCAGGAGAAGUGGGCUUUGGGUGUGUCAUGGGUAAAAUACUAUUGCAAGUAUCACAAGGAGGGGAGACUGUUGGUCAUGGUACCUUGUGAACAGAAACCUACAACUAAACAGGGCCCUACGCAGCUGACACUGAAAUCCUGCAUCCGCCGGAAGACUGAAUCCAUAGACAAGCGCUUUUGCUUUGACGUGGAAACUAUCGAGAGAAACACCCCCGUCACUUUCCAGGCUCUUUCGGAAGGAGACAGGAAGUUGUGGAUGGAGGCCAUGGAUGGAAAAGAGCCUAUCUAUCAUUCCCCAAUUCACAAGCAAGCUGAAAUGGAACUGAACGAGAUUGGAUUCAAGUUUGUGCGAAAGUGCAUCAACUAUGUUGAAACAAAAGGAGUCGCACAAGAAGGAGUUUACAGAACAGUUGGCAGCAACAUCCAAGUGCAGAAGCUUUUAAAUGCCUUCUUUGACCCCUCACACGCUGGAGAUGUGGAUCUCCACAGCAGUGACUGGGACAUUAAAACCAUCACAAGUGCAUUGAAGUUUUAUCUAAGGAGCCUGUCUGAACCACUGAUGACCUACAGUCUGCACAGAGACCUCAUGUGUGCUGCAAAGUCAGAUAAUCUUGACGUUCGACUAAGUGAAAUUCACUCACUUACCUACAAACUUCCGGAGAAGAAUCGGGAGAUGCUGGAGAUGCUUAUUAAACACUUGGUCAAUGUGUGCAGCCACAGUGAAGAAAACCUAAUGACUCCUUCAAACAUGGCUGUUAUCUUUGGACCCACGCUGAUGAGAGCAAAGGAGGAGACCGUGGCGGCCAUGUUGGACAUCAAGUUCCAAAAUAUUGUAGUUGAGAUUCUGAUUGAGGACCACAAAAAGAUCUUCAGUUACAUGCCAGAGGACAGCACCGCCCCACCUGUCCCUCCUCCUCGGAUCACCCCGAGAAAGCGUCAACCCAUCACAAUCUCCAAGCGGCCACCUCGCGUUUACCAAGCUCUUACUCACGACCACUUCCAACACGCAGAGAAUGGCCAGAAUGACAGCUCUAUUGCGGAUAGGGAAGUCUCAGCGAAUCCUGUUCCCCUGCAGCGGACGAAACCUGUAAGCUGUGCUCCGCUCGUUCCAAGAGAACCUCCUCCGAGACAAGCGUUACUACCCAGACCAGCAAACCGUCAGGACAGACAUUCAGACUCUGACGUCGGAAAGAUAGAUGAUACAAAGCAAAGGCCAGAUUCUUCUUCAGGGGCAAAUGGGGAGUCUGGAGUCUAUGUGAGCCGGGUACCAUCUUUCCAGAGCAGAAGACCGCCUCCAAAAGGCACAUCAGCCAAUAGAGAAGGAGAUUGUGAUGGUCUGAACAGAAUGAGGUCAACAGAGAAACCUGCCAUUUGUAGACCUCCAGUCAGGCCUCCUGAGCCCCCCUCCAGACACCCCUCUGUACAAAAGACCCAGAGUUCAGCCAGCAGCGAUGGCACAGCAACAUCCUAUGUUGCCUCUAAAACAAAGUUUUUUGAGAACGCUUCUAGACAAACUGGCAGUCCACCAGUUUCUCCGCCACCAUCAAAUGUCAAAAAAGAGAAUUAAAGUUAAGGAGACCACAUCAUGUGACCUCUACAUGUGCUGUACAUGUGCUCUACAUGGCGCACACCAAGCUGGAGGGAGUCACCACUAAUGAACUCAGUCAAUCCAGAUCUUAUUGGAUAGACUGAGGAAACGGCUCUCCAUAGAACUGAAUGGAUUAAUUUGGUUCUAUUUGAUUUUUAAUCAAUAGAAUCGUGCUGUAAGGCAACACAGCAGCAAAUUGACUUUUGAAUGAACAAAAUAACUGACGCAGUGAUCAAACAUUAUUCCAAAGUUAUGAUGGAGUAAAAGUACUUUUUUUUGUUGUUGUUUCACUCCAAUUGACAGUUAUGUCAAUUAAUAUUACAAUAUUUAGUCAUUUUACAGUGUUAAAUAGUUUGAGUGACUCUUGGCCAAUUUUAUUCAUAGGAGCUGACUGGUGUAACUGGUUCUGGUGGCUAACAUAGACUACUAGUCUACAUCCUUAAUACUUUUUUCAGCAGUGUGAAAUAGAUCUCUCAGAGUAGACUAAUUGAUUAAGAUGGACUUAAUCAGAUUAAAUAGAAUUAAUUUUAAAAUGUGACGUAUUAGUCUUAAUAUUAAUUUCUAGAUUCUAUUAAAUGGACCGUUUAAUGCACUUGACAAAACUUGUUAAUUAAGUGAAUCUGCUUACAGGAAACCAACUGCUCAAGAUUUUAUUUCAGUAUUUAAACAAAACAGCAUGUAAAAAAAAUACUAAUGAGAAAAAUUACAUUUGCAACAGCUCUCAGUCUGUCAAGGAAUGGAACAACUAAAUUCAUAUUAAUCUACACUGUGGAGUAAUUAUCUCUGUUAAAGCUAUUUUAGUUGGUCCAUUUAUAAAGAAUAUUUGGGUCAAAAUUGUCAUCAUGUAUGUCAGUUGAGACAAUUUAUCAUUCAAACAUAAGUCACUUUUUAAGAGGCAUUAGAAAAAGUAUUUUGCUAUAAACUGUGAGCCUGUAGUCGUGAGUGUUAGUUUAAUUGGGAAUUAUGAAAACAAAUUUCCCCAGUGUACAUUCCCUUAUUUCUGACCAUAGAGUCACUCACUUCUUACCUAAAGUAGGUAGGUCAAGUUGUACAGGAGAGUCCUCAAAGUUUACCUGAACUUGUUGUAUCUCAAAAGGAAUUAUUGAGAUUAAAAAGCAGGUCACAUAUGAAACAAAACUGAUGUUACAAUAUGUGAAAAUAACACUCCAGAGUUUAUUUUGUACUUAAAGUUGUUUUUAUGUUGUGUUUUUUUUUUUUGAUAACCCAACUUGGAUUUUCUGGUUUUUUUCUGGUUGGUCAUGUUUUCAAAAAGAAAAAUAAAUAUGAAUUGUUCUUAA